AUGUUUGUUGUUAAGCAAUCGAAUCAUCAAUAUCAAGAAGCAUCCUCAAAUGUAUCUUCAAGACAAGGUUCAUCAUCAUUGCCUUCGUUUAAUGAAUUAUUAACUUCCAUACCUUUACCAACUGAGUUCAGAAAUAAUUCAACUACAAGUUCAGCUUCUGGUUCACCUUAUAUACAGUAUAAUGGUAUUUCAAGUCCACUUGAUCACCGUAGAUACUCAAACAGUACUCCACCAAUUCCAAAUGGUAGUCAAUCAACCACUUCACAACCACAACCACAACCACUACCACAAACUACAUCGCAACCAUCAUCUGUCAUUAUACAACCACUCCCAAUAUCGGCAACCAUGGUAGCAGUUGUUAACCCUCCAACAUAUCAAUAUAAUCCUAACCCAUAUCAAUACCAAUUUUUACAAAGACAAAGCUCUCAACAACAAUUAAUGGCAUAUCAAUAUGUCCAACCUCAACAACAUUUUACACAACAACAGCAACAACCAAAACCAAUGUCAAUAAAUACUGCCACUUCAACCGCAUUAAGUUCGCCAUCAUCUGUUCCAUUAACUUUACCAACUCCUCCAUCUUCAAGCAACUCACAUAGAUCAAUGGUGCGAUCAAAUUCUAUGAAUAGUAUCGAUAGUGAUGGAAUGUCUUCACCAACAUCUGUUAGCAAAGAUUUAAAGAGAAAGCAUAUUUGUAAAGUCUGUUCCAGAUCAUUUACAACUUCAGGUCAUUUGGCACGUCAUAACAGAAUUCAUACCGGGGAAAGAAAACAUGUUUGUCCAUGGCCUACAUGUGAAGCUCGUUUUGCUAGACAGGAUAAUUGUAUGCAACAUUAUAAAACACAUACUAAUGGUAAAAACAAGCGUGCCAAAGGUGUUAAGAAGCCAUUGAUGAGCUUUUAA